AUGGGCGCCAUGAUGGGUGGCAGUAAGUCAAAGUCGAUAUUUGAAGCAUGCGCAAUGGGGUACUGAUGCCUAAUAGCCGUCGGACUGAUCAUUGGUUUCAUCUUCGGCGCAACAAAUAUAAUCAGAUACGGCCCAGGACCUAAUGGCAUGAUGCGCACACUGGGACAAUAUAUGGUGGGCUCCGCAGCUACGUUUGGGUAUGAUGAGUCUUACGCAGCUGCCUGAGGGUGUUUCGCUGAUGCCUGAAAGCUUCUUCAUGGGUAUUGGAACUACCAUACGAACCGAAAGCUCCCCGAUCCUCACAGAAGCCUUCCGAAAAUCGCAGAUGCGGCAUGGACGGCCCAUGAUCAUGCCUCUAGAGCGAAUGCAGAAGAGGAGGACGGUGCCUCGGAGCUCAUGA